GACGGAUUGUGUUCCCUUGCAGUGAGAACGAGGCUCUGUGGCGGGAGGUGGCCAGCCUGCGCCAGAAGCACGCCCAGCAGCAGAAGGUGGUCAACAAGCUCAUCCAGUUCCUGAUUUCCUUGGUGCAAUCCAACCGAAUUCUCGGGGUCAAGAGGAAGAUCCCCCUGAUGUUGAACGACAGCAGUUCAGCACAUUCCAUGCCCAAGUACAGCCGCCAGUAUUCCCUGGAGCACGUCCAUGGAUCAUCCCCCUACGCAGCCUCCUCCCCCGCCUACAGCGGCUCCAACCUGUAUUCCCCGGAUUCCUCGGCCAAUUCCGGCCCCAUCAUCUCCGACGUGACGGAACUGGCCCAGUCCAGCCCCUCGGCCUCUCCCAGCGGGAGCCUGGACGGAAGGAGCAGCCCGGCCGUGCGGAUCAAGGAGGAGCCGCCCAGCCCCGAGCGGAGCCCGCGGGUGGAGGAGCCGAGCCCCGGGAACAACGCCGGGAACAACGCCGGGAACGCCGAGACCCCCCUGUCCCCGUCCACCUUCAUCGACUCCAUCCUGCAGGACAGCGAUCCCGAUCCCGGCGGAGCCGCCGCGCCCGCCGGCCCCGCCCAGCCCCUCUCCCAGGAAAAGUGCCUCAGCGUCGCCUGCCUCGACAAGUGAGCACCGGGAAGAGCCAGGAAGAGCCGGGAAAAAGCUCGGGGAGCUGCUUCCGUGUGCCUCUGGAAGCGGAUCCGGGGAGGGGUUUGUCCUGGGAGCGACU